AGGAAACAGGAAGCCGCCCUGACUAACGGCUGUCAGAAUCUGUUUGCAGCAUCCCAAGCUAAAGUUCAGCAGAAAAUGUCUCUUCAAAUAGAUUUAUUUAACUUUAUAGUUGAAUUAACUUCCUGUUUCGACAUAUGAAGUAAAAAGUCUGUUCAGGUGAGUCGAGGUCAGCUGACUUUUACCUUUAGCUCACUUGUAUUUAUCCCACCUGUAGUUACUAACAGGUUAGCUUGUUGUAAGCUAACCGGCUAAAUGAAGCUCGUUGAUGCAGACACACAGCGGGUGGUGAAAAGGUUAAAGGGCUUAAGUGGAAACAAAAGGCUGAAUUAAACAUUACCUACGGAUCUCAUUGAAGAUUUACUCUUCCUUAAGACGAUGUUUAUUGUAUUGCACCAUGGUGUGAGGUCUCAAUGCUGCAACAGUGAGGUUAGUUUCUCCAAGAUCAGUGCCACACCUUUAUAAAACUAUAAUAACAGAUAAUCCAGCAUACUUGUUUGUGGUCAUAGGGGAGAGUGGGGUAAAUUGAGACACCCUCUGUUGCUUGGAAAUGGUCAAAGAAAUUGAUCAUGUGACCAAAUAUUUAGGAGAUAGGCAUCAAUUCGUGGAGUCUGUGAAGGUUAGAAGCACAUGAGUGAAGGGGUUAGACAUUUAUUUACAAAAAACAAAACAUUUUUCACUCUUGAAAAUGAAUUUAGUCCGUCUUAAGUUUUAUUAGAAUUGUAUUCUGACUAAAAAAGAUAAUUUUAAAUUUGUUUUAUAUGUCAAUUGUGGUAUCUAUGAGCUACAACAUGAGGUCAAAAACCUGGGCCACAUUAGAUGACGUCAAGCUCUAGGGCUGGGUGAUAUGGGAAAAAGUUUAACACAAUAUAUUUUUUUCAAAUCAGUCGAUAUCGAUAUGUAUAACGAUAUAAAAAAUGAAAUUUAACAGUGCUUAUUGGUAGCGUGUCUUUUGCAAUACAAUAAGCUACUGCAUCUGUGAGGUCUUUGUGUCUCUUCAACGUUUUGUCGUAAGGCGUUGCACUAGAGAAAGCGGACUGGAUGGUCGGCUGUUUUGGCUGUACAGGCGCCAUGGGCUCCUUGCUCCGCUCGGGGGUUUGUAACCUUUUGCACUGCCAUAUGGCACUGCUUCAGGUGCUGAAGAUUUGAGGUAUUUCCUGACUUUGCGAGAACACGUACUCAACAUAAUUUGCAGUGCACAUUACUCUGCUUUCAUUGGCUAUUCGUAUAGUCUACCAAAACAUGGCAGAACGCUGACUAUCAAAAAGCAUAUUGACCAUGUUUUAUAUUGAUACUGAGGGAAAUUAUUUUUUGAUAUUUAUCGUUAUCAUUUUAUCGCCCAGCCCUAUCCAGAUCCAGAACCACUACGACUGGUCUCAUCAGAUCUGGACUUGAUUUUACCAACAGGUCAGCAGACUUCCUAAAACACAGUUGCAGAUUUGUGAACACUUAUUCUUUUUGUGAAAAUGUUUUAAAAAGAGGAACUUUAAUUUCACUUGCAUGACCUGGUCCAAUCUUGUUCAGAUGUGAUCAAAAGCAGUGAAAUCAGCCUUGUACAAAUCUAAAACAGUAUUUUGAAGAUACCAGAGAUCUUCUGGGUAAAUCCAGUCUGCAUUUGACUAAUCUAAACAAGAGGGGCUCUGUAUUUUUUCCAGUCUCAUGCAGGAAAAGAAAAAAAACAAUGACAGAUAUUGGUGCUUUGUGUCGUCCUUGCUGUAGUUUAUCUCUUAAUUGAGCAUUAUGUCAGGUAUAAACACGCUGACCCUAAUUUGAUCAAGUUGGUUGAAGGAGGCGAGUCAUGCCAAGGUGUACUCACUCUUCCUGAGACUGACCUACAUUGAGAGAAUCAUUAGGACACCAAAAUAAGAAACCCAUGCUUAGGAAUUGCACAUUACUGUUAAGAGUCGGUGAAUUGUUAUUUUCUCAAAAAGGUCGUCAUCACUGCUGUCACCCCUCAGAGAACUGCCUCAACAGGAUGUGAUUGUAAAACAAAGGUACAUUCAGCUGUCUCUGAAUGAAAUACAUGGAUGAUAUGUACGCCUACUAAAUACACAAGUGUCUUCAGAGUCGUGUUUUCAAGCUCAGUGGAUUUAUAACUAAAAAAACACAUCUUCUGGCUCUCCCCUGAGCCUGUUUGUAUCACAUGUCCACUUUAAUCCACUUCCCCUCGCUUAGGGAUCGCCCUUCCUCUGUCCGCCGUCAGGGCUUAGCUUCUGAUACCUGAGACGCUUUGCAGCAGGCAGGAUCAGACAGUGUCCCUUUUUCACUCUCCCUGGUCAGGUAAAGCCCAGACACCGAAAAUCCACAGAGGGAGAGAGGGUGAGUUAAAACAGAAAUAUGAUGUUUUUCAUUUUGUCUUUCUAGGAAUAAAAAGCGAGAGCUGUAACUGUGGUGCGGUGGGCUCCCAAGACUCUCCGAUGAAGGAUCGACAGGGCUCUCUAUGGAAGAUGAACCGCUACACCACCCUCAAGCAGCUGGGGGACGGGACGUAUGGUAGCGUUCUCCUGUGCAAGUGCAAUGAGACCGGGGAGCUGGUGGCGAUAAAGAGGUGAGUGGUGGAUCCAGUGAGCAUACUGGGACGUAUACUAUGUUUUUGUGUCUGAUUAAACCUGUCUGUAACUCAUGUCAUGUUUAUAUUGCCAAAAAUUAGUGAUCUGACAUAAGCCAUGAGUGUCAAAGAAACUUACAUAAAACCUUAGAUUUAUCAGAUAUGUUAACCCGAUGAAUAUUACCACCAAACUACAAGAAAUUAUGUCUUUUAAACUGCUCCAGGUGAUGUACUUAAAUGAAAUUGGAGUUGUGAUUGAGCAAAAUCACGAUGAAAUUCUGCUAAAAUUAGAAAAAUAAAUCAGGGUCUGCCAGAUUUUAGAGUAGGAUUGCUUAAAUAUUUCUUGUAGAAAUGUAAAAAGCCUCCCUAAACACCAGAGUGGUCAAUCCAUGAAGAGUUAGAACCACCAGAAAAGGUUAAACAGAUCUUACUUUCUAAUGAAAACUAAAAUUAAAUCAAAAUAAAAGGAAGUAUUUUGUUUUUUUGCCUUUUGUGUAGCUGCUAGUUUGAAAAGUUGUUGGCCACCGGUUAGAUUUUAAAGCUACUGUAAGGAACUUUUGCUUUGUGUCCAUUUUGUUUCAUGCAUUGAAUCGUAAAUCUUGUCUCUGAUGGUCAACUAGACUGUUAACUUGCAGGAGAUGUUGCAUAAUGUAAGUUUAAUAGUGUUGUCUUGAAGCCUUGUGUAUUUUUCCUGCAUAUUUUGAAACAGGAGUGAGAUACAAGACCAAAAACAAGAGAGAAGUCAACAAAGAGGGAAGACCUGAUUGAGUCAAAGUAUUAAAGACUCUAAAAAUAAACAGCAUAACCUCGAAUGACUCCACAGAGUUAGUAAUAGUUAUGAUUUCCUUUCCAGAUUAAAGUGUGAAACCUGGACUGCAGCUGAAUUUCAGCCAGAACAGGGUCGAAUCAUGCCAGACGGAGAUGAAAGCAUGGAUAACUUUCUCUUAAUCACUGCAGGGGGAAAGGAUUGAGGUCAACAAUAAUACGUUGUCAUGCACACAUGUUGUUUUCUUUUCCAACAGGAUGAAGAGGAAGUUUUAUUCUUGGGAAGAGUGCGUGAAUUUAAGAGAAGUAAAGGUGAGAAGAGAGAAAAUGUUGUUUAUCACAUGUAUGUUGGAAAUGUACUCACUUAUGAAGCAGAUUUCGAAUGACUCUCCUGAUUGAAUCUCUAAAAUACUUUGUGUCAUCAGUCCCUGAGGAAGCUGAACCACGCCAACGUGGUCAAACUGAAGGAGGUCAUCCGUGAAAACGACUAUCUGUACUUUGUCUUUGAGUACAUGAAAGAAAACCUCUAUCAGCUCAUGAAGGAAAGGUGAGAGCACGCUCAGCUGCCACAGUGAGUCAUUCAUUCACAGCCUCUUUCACCAGCUGUGGACAGACACUUUUGUGAUACAGCAGCUCUGCAGUGUUUUUAAAACAGUCAGGAGUGUGAGUGAGGAUUAUUCGGCUCAGUUUGAGUCAUCAUAUGUCAGUUUUUAGCAGAAACAAGUCGUUCACUGAGACAGUCAUCAGAGACAUGACAGUUCAGAUAUUACAGGGACUGUCCUUUAUUCAUAGACAUGGUAGGUGACUUUGGACAAAAGGAAAAUGUAUUUGGGUCAUAGAAAGCAAUUUAUUACAUGAGGCAUCCCAGAAUCCUCUCAAUCCAAAAAAUGACUCACCUUUAUUUUUUUCACUCAGUUGCGAGAGAAAGAAAAGAAAUCCUCACAUUUUUUAAAUGUUCGUGGAUGCUGCUGAUAUUCCGCCUUCAUUAGAGAACGAUUGUUUGCAUGGUGUGAUUUUCUUUAUCUCCUUUUCUUUCUUUUGUCUUUUACCUCUCUGUCGCUGCCAGGGAAGAUAAGAUGUUUACUGAGAAUGAAAUAAGGAACAUUCUGUUCCAAGUUUUGUCUGGCUUAGCAUUUGUGCACAAGCACGGUAAGAGACUCGGUCUUUCUCUUCAUUUUUCCCCUUCCUAAACGACCCGAUACGGCUAUGCUUUGAUACGUUAAAACAUCUCUGUAGUUGGCAUAGAUGUUUUAACCAUAGACUGUAUAUAGAAUGGACAGCGUCUGCGUCCUUGCCGGGUGAAGCCACUCCGAGAACAGCACCCUCUGUUGACCGGCUGCAGUAUAGGUCAUAAAUCCCGCCUCCGCCAGCAAAGCUUAUGGAGCUGUGGACAAACUUCCUCUGUUUUUUUUUUCAGCUCCGUUUCUAAAAGUUAUUGGGGGUUCAUGUUUUCUAUGAUUGACACCUGAUACAGCCUAUGGACGUGGCUCACCUGGGGGGAUACGCUGUUUGAGCCGAGCGUCAUCACAGCGACUCUCCCGCCGAAUGCGCACAACGCUACUGCGCAGUGUUGAUCUCAGGAAAUGGAGAGAAAACGCGGAAUCACCAAGAGCUUUUUGGCUUCACAUCCGUACACUGGUGGAAGGCGGAACCAAGUUGUCCAUAGUAUAUACAGUCUAUGGUUUCAACUCAGCAUUGCUGUAAACUGUCAAGUUGUAGAAGCGGUAGUGGAGCCAGAAACUCGGAUAUCAAAUGAAUAUCACCAGAACAGGUUUUUUAAUGCCUGAUUUGUGUUUUCAGGGUACUUCCACCGGGAUAUGAAACCAGAGAACUUGCUCUGCAUGGGGCCAGAGCUGGUGAAGAUCGCAGAUUUUGGACUUGCCAGGGAAAUUCGCUCACGGCCGCCUUACACGGUUUACGUGUCCACGAGAUGGUGAGGGCUGAUUGAUUUGUAACAUGAGGAAAAAACGCCAUCUGAUGUCUGACCUUGAUCACACUUGAUAAAUAUAAAAUCGUACCUCUGAGUGAUACCAGUCUGAGAUGUGUAACCUGCUAAAAAGAUGGAGAGAGGGGGGCAUCUCAGUCAGCCAGGGAGCAAGGAGUGACUGCUAGAUAUCUCAGACUAUUUCCUUUUCUAAACAAAAAACUUAAAUACUACCAACAUGGCAAGAUCCAACCUGGAAAAAUAAAAAAUGAGAUUUUUGAACCCUGUUAGAAGUUCCUUUCAUUGAGCUUCAGAAAUAGUAACUUCAUAGAAAGCAGAAUUUCACAUCAAAAUAGAGCGGUGUUAGAUCCCUGUAUUAAUAACGUUCUGUCGUGUUGCUGUCGAAGGUACCGAGCCCCAGAGAUUCUGCUGAAAUCAAACUCCUACAGCUCGCCCAUCGACAUCUGGGCCGUGGGAUGCAUCAUGGCGGAGCUGUACACGCUCAGACCCUUGUUCCCUGGCAACAGCGAGGUGGAGGAAAUCUUCAAGAUCUGUCAGGUGCUGGGAACUCUAAAGAAGGUACAGCAGAAGAAUGGUUGUAUUUUUGGUUUUAAUAAGAAGUAAAAACCAAAAUAAUUUGUUACAUUCUGUUUAUAAUCUUGAAUAUUUCUGACACCCUCUUGCUUUGACUCAUAUCUCAUUCUCUAAUACCAACGUCACACUCCUCUUUUAUCUUGAAAUUUCUUUCUCUUCUCUUCGCAUCAGUCCGACUGGCCUGAGGGCUACAACUUGGCGCUGGCGUUGAACUUCCGCUUCCCAAAGAGUGUCCCCGCUAGCUUCAGAUCCUUGAUCCCCAACGCCAGCAACGACGCCAUCGCUCUGAUGAAAGACAUGCUGCAGUGGGACCCCGAGAGAAGACCGAGUGCGGCCCAGGUACGCUUACAUGAUGUUUUAACGCACUCUGACUGGAGGUGCAGUUACUGAACAUCAAAUAGAAAAUAUGCAUCCACUUAAUUCAAUAAAAAAAGACACAUUUUUAACUUGAAUUUAAGAAAUCCAUUUGUCUGUGUUCAAGGCUUUACGGUAUCCAUACUUCCACGUGGGUCAGGCGCUCUUGGCUCCUCUGAAGUACUCGGGGAACCACACAACUCAGUCAAAGCUCUCUGAAGAUGCUCCAGAGACGAAGCCUCUGUCCCUCUGUAAGUCUGACCUCGAGUCCGUCAAGCCAAGAAAGACUCAUGCAGAGAUGCAGAGCAGCAUCCAGGCUCCCCACCAGCCUCUUCAGCAGAUCCCCCUUCCCCAGGAAAACCAAGAGCCCAGCAUGAAACCAGGAGUUUGCUCCACCGUGCUCACAGAAGGGCAAGAGGAGCCGCUCAGCCUGGUGAAAAAGAAGCAGCUGACGAACUUGCAGUCUGUGAGUAUGAACAGGUAAAGCUUCUACGUGUGUGUGCUCAUGACUGACUCCCUGAACUCGACUUUUCUUUCCUUUUUUUAAGCCUGGAAUGAGGGCAGGACGGAGACGAUGGGGUCAAACGUCUAUCAAGUCCGUCUCCAGCGUGGACGGCAGCGAAGACACCGGGGUUUCACUCUCCAAAAAAACCACCAUCAGUUCUGUGAAGCAGAGGGAGCUGGACGGGCCGAGGUCAGACUUCUCUCUGUUUUUAAUGUGAGAUAUGUUUUCACACCGUUUAUAAAAAAAGGAUUUUAAUAUUGUGUGAUUUUUGUUUCUAGCUCAAAGGCAGAGCUUCCAAACAGUGAGCUGAACAGAGGGAACGCCGCCACCUUGUCCGCCAAGCAGCACUACCUCCGCCAGUCCAGAUAUCUGCCUGGUGAGAGCAGAACAUUUAAAGUCCUCAGGGUCUUUACUCGGGUUUAUUUUGAAUUGUAAAGCUUAAUAUCAUAGGCCAGAGUUAAACAAAGGAAAAGGACUAAAAAUGAUGACAAAAAAAGGGAUUUAUUAAAAAGAACUAAAUGAAAAGCAUCAAAAAGGUCCAACUGAAAAAUCCCAAAGGCAAAAUCCGACAAAAAGGAAACUAGAGAUUCACACAUCGACUAUGACUGACACACACUGGCUGACAAACACACACAGUGAACCAACAAGAACAGGGGAAGACAGGGACUAUAUAUACACACACAGGGAAAUGAGCAACGAGAGGCAGGUGAGGCACUGAGACACAGGUGAAGACAAUUACAGAGGAGGGAAAACUGAGGAAGUAAAACAAGACGAGAAACGCAAGGAUGGAUUACUACAAAAUAAAACAGGAAACACUGAAAACUGAAAGAAUAAAACAUUAAAAACAUGAGGGGAACGGGGUCAAACAUAAACUUAAAACUCACAAGACAGGAUCACAGGGGAACAGAAACACAAGGGAAAAUACAGAGAAAAUACACUCAAAUAAAAAACACAAAACUUAAUGAACAGAACAUAACACGACACAUAAUCUAACAUGUGUUUCCAUUAGAUCUGUGCAGAACUUUGAACCAUCUAAAAGGUUUAAAAAAAGGUCUGAGGUCUAAAACUUUUUGUCUUUUUUUUUUAGGCGUAAACCCGAGAAAAAAGUCUUCAUCAGAAAACCAGGCAGUGAAGAGAAACAUUUUGGGCUCAUCUCUGAGCAAAGGACCGGGGCCGGAGUUCCCUUCAAGUAAAGGUAAGAAAGACUCAGAGAGGAAACGUGUAAGAAGAGACUCGACAUAUUUCAUGUUAUUUUGUGAGAGCAGAGCAUUUUCUCAUCAUUUUGAUAUUUAAUCUUUUUAGUGCUCAUUUUCUUUUUAAGUUUUGAAGUUCUACAAAGAUAGAAAGGCUUUCAUACGGCGUGAUGAGUAAAAAUAUGAUAGAAACAGAGUAAGGACAGGGUUCAGAUUGGAGAGGAUACUAUGGCAGGAGAUUACAGCAUCACUGAUGAACACUGGAGUUUAAUUUACCACCAUUUGUUAUGUUUUCUUUUUCAUUAAGCCAUCAAGUAAAGUUAGUCCUAAUAUCCAUCUGGGACUUUGACUAAAAAGAAGUCUACUCAAGUUUUGCUGUUUUCUUUAACUGCCGUUCUACAUCUGUUUUCCUCCUCCACUCGUUCUCUUUCUUUCUUUCUGUGAUAUUCUGUGAUUUGUAGAUAUCAGCUUUCCUAAACUCACAGAAACACAACCUUUAGGAGAGAAGAUACUGGAGGAUCUUGAUCUACCCAAAGGUCUGUCAGACUUAGAGGCUUUUUUAAAUCAUUAACAGUGUUUGAAAUAAAGAUGUCCACCACAGAGGAACAAUAAAUCCUCACAGUCAGGGAAAGUAGCAGCUUCAGUGUCGCUGAUUACGGCUCAAACCGGUUCAUCUGUAACCCGAGAUUGAUUUCCCCCUCUGCAGAUUCCUUCAUGAGCAACUCCAACUGGACCGUGAAGACACACCUGACCCCUUUGGAGAGGACAGAAACAGGAGCAGCAAGACACAGGGUCACUGGGACCUCAGCCGGUGAGAUUUUCUUUUCUCUUGUCAGAUUAAUCUGUUUAUUUUCAGGGGUGAAGGAACUAGACACGUUUAUUUUUUCUUUCAGUUAGGUAAACUAAACUUUCAGUGUACUAAAUCUAAACAGAGACAGAUCCUUGCCUGAUGAAUCUGUUCAGUGUUGCGUCUUGAAUUCAGAUCUUUAUGUUCUUGUUUUUGUGAACCUCGUAGUUGAUCUGUCCUUGGCUGCUGAUCUAAGAGUCCAGACUAAAACCAAAACACCCAAGAGCAAGACCUUCUCAAGCAAACUGCUGUCCUCCAACGAUGGUAAGAACAAUCCAGACUAUCAUCCACCAAGUAAACUCAGCAUCUGAACGCUCUAUGUGUCCAACCUGAACACGUUUCACUUCUCCUCUCACAACAAUUUCCCCAGAAUACGACGGCUGCAGGAGCCGAAACGCUCAGAUCCCCACAUCCAGCUCUACAGGGAAGAAAACCUUCACGAGGAACACAAACUUGCAGCCUGUACACGGACGCACCGACUGGACUGCCAAAUACAGAAGCCACCAGUAGCAGUUAAGUUCGCUCUGCUCCACCAGUGACUCCUGGGAAAAAUCCAACUCCACUUCAUCAGGAAGCUCAAAUGUCAGAGGAAGAGCCGCCAAGAGCGUGCAGAAGUGAAUCCUGCCAGAUUGUUGGGAUUAAAUAUUGCCCAGUGUCGUCUUAAAACCCAUGACUCCUGUUUGUGCUCAUAAAAUAAUAGACCAGAGAUUAAAAAGUAUAUUUUUUAUUGAAUUAAGAGAUCCUUUUUUUUAUUUUUAAGCAACAGAUACAGAGCGAAAAAGUACAACCAUCCACCUCUUGUUGUUAAACAGUUUUGUAUUUCAAAAUAAAACCUAUCUGAAGAUGCUUUUUGUUUUAGUUUUGUUUCCUGUUAGUCGUUCUUAGUGUAUUUUACAUUUCUUUGGAAGAAUCAGACAGCAGAAAAUGAAGCAGCAGGAAUGUUUGUAAACUUGAAGCACAUUUCUUAUUAAAAUAUAUAUUUGCAGAGAGAAAAA